CACGCAUGUCAUCAGAGAGCGAGAUCUGUAUCUGGCGCCCUGUUUAGGUGUGCAUGUUUGUGCCAUGGUGCUGCCGGUCGUGGUCCAGGCGGCAGAACGGGAUGUAAUCUGCACGUAAUUCCUUCCGCCAGCCUCUUCGAUAUCUGCCAUCUACCACAGACCGCUUGACGACGUGUCCCGGACGCCCAACAUCGCCCUGCUCAACGCUGGGGACUGCAAUCUGCACCGCUGAGCUUGCUCACCGCUGAUCUCCUAGAACUGCAUUCGCCGGUAUCUGACUGCUAAAUGGCGACUUCUCCCCCGCCGCAGGCUCCGAAGCCGGGAUCCGGAGACGGAAAGGAUAAGGUUAGCGAGAGGCAGGAGAAUGGCCAGGGCAAGUCGUCGUCUCCAAUACCUUCACCCGACUCAUCCAGCGGUCGGCGUGGACGCUCGCGGACGCGCACAGUGCUGCGUACUCGGUCGAGUGACGCAUUGCGUCGACGAGGAUACCACACGCUCAUGUCCUCGUUUGGCAAAGCGUUCCAUGUCGAGAAACGAUGGAAGCUCAUUCGCGAGAUGGGAUCUGGAGCGUACGGCUAUGUCAUCUCGGCCGCGGACGAGAUUUCGGGAGAGCCGGUGGCGAUCAAGAUGGUCACUCGCGCGACCGAAAAGACCCAGCUCGCGAAAAGGGCAUUGCGCGAGAUCACGCUGUUGCGACACUUCAAUCAUGAAAACAUCACCGGUCUCAUAGAUGUGGACUGCACACCGGACCUGAGCGAAAUAUACAUCUUCAUGGAGCCGAUGGAAGCGGAUCUUCACCAGAUCAUCAAAUCCGGACAGUCUCUCAGCAACGAGCACGUCCAGUACUUCCUCUACCAGGUCCUCCGCGGGAUGAAGUACAUUCACUCUGCGUCGGUGGUACAUCGAGACCUCAAGCCGGGUAAUCUACUAGUGAAUGCAGAUUGUGAGCUGAAGAUCUGUGACUUCGGUCUGAGCAGAGGAUUCAACUCAAAACCGGAUGAGGAGCCGACCAACAUGACGGAGUACGUUGCGACGAGGUGGUAUCGCGCCCCUGAGAUCAUGCUUGCGUUCAAGGGAUACAAUACAGCGAUCGACGUCUGGUCGAUAGGUUGUAUAUUCGCAGAGCUCAUGCUCGGUAGACCACUUUUCAAGGGCAAGGACUAUGUCGACCAACUCAACAAAAUCCUUGAAAUCCUUGGUACACCCGAUAGUGAAGUCAUUGAUCGAAUAGCCAGUCCGAAGGCUCGAGCAUACAUACGAUCCCUCCCCUGGAAGAAAAAGGCACCCUUCUCAAAGAUCCUACCAGUCGCAGAUCCACAAGCUCUGGACCUUCUCGCUAAAAUGCUCACCUUCGAUCCCGCCGCACGGACCACGGUGCCCGAAGCACUUGAGCAUCCCUGGCUCGCAUCGUAUCACGACGUCGCGGACGAGCCCGACUGCCCUGAGCCAUUCGAACGAUGGCGAUCACUCGAAGCGCUGGAGACACUGGAGCAGUACAAGGAGUCGCUGUACAACGAGAUCCAAGACUAUCGUCGCGAAGUGCGCAGCGUCCCGGUCGAGGAGGAGGAGCCGGGACCAGAGCCAGAGCCAGAACCCGAGCCGCCUCGCCAGCCCAGCGCACGUCCGUCGCCUAUACAAGAGAUCCAGCGGAAACUAGAGGAGAUUCGCGAGAUAGCGGAGACCUUGCAACCGCCGGAAGUGGACGACGCUGUCUUCCUCGCCACGCCGGAGAUGGCGCACAGCCUCAUCGAGGGCUUGGAGCCUCCAGCGGAGGAGGAGGAGCGGUUGCUGGAGGACGAGACGCCUCCGACGACCAAGCCUAUCCCGAGGACAAAACAGCCUGUCGAUCCUAUGGUGGCUUACUCACGGCGCUCGAGUACCUUCGCUCCGUCAAGGACGAACUCGAUGUACGGCGGUUCCGCGGCGACGUCGUAUCGGCCGACCCCGUCGCGGAGGACGUCUGCCAGUGGGAGCGAGGCGAUCAGCGGCGCCAGCACGGUGGCGUUCCCGACGCAGAAAGAGGACUACGUUGUACCCGCGCGAUCGAGGACGGCGUCGACAUAUGGGUACGAUGGUGCGCGGAGGUUGCUCAGGACGCUCUCGACAGUGUCGAUCUACGAGAGUGGAGAGGGCUUCGCAGGUGGCCUGGCGGAUAUCGCACCCAUUGGAAAGUAUAUCGUGCAGGAGAGGGAUGAGGCGCUCCCGUCGGAGAUGCCGCGAGAGCUGGAGUCACCCCCAAAGCAGCAUGAGAACCAGUAGACCUGUCUGUCGGAGUGAUGUGUACUGAAUAUGGACCCAUCGCAGCUGCAUAGAUGUCCCACGAUCUAGAUGUAUUAUUAGUGUAGAUAGACACAUGAAUGCAUUCGUAUAGACUCCAACUUCGCAGUACAUACUUGACUCGCGACGCGCCUCCAUUGCCAGUAA